AUGGUCCUCCGGAUUCGCCUUGCGCGCUUCGGCAAAAAGCAUGCCCCAUUCUACAACAUUGUCGUCGCGCACGCCCGAACAGCGCGCAACUCUCGUCCCCUCGAAGUCCUCGGAACCUACGACCCCAAGCCGCAACCACCCCGACCAGGCGACACGCACGGCCGGCCAUGGAAAGACAUCAAGCUCGACAUUUCGCGCGCGCGGUACUGGGUCGGAGUUGGUGCGCAGCCGAGCGACACGGCGUGGCGGCUGCUCAGCAUGGUUGGCAUUUUGGAGCCACAAUACCGCAUAGGGCAAAUCCAGGGACAGGUCGUCAAGGCGGAUUCAGCCUACAAGAGUUUGAUACCCGAGCGGCCCAAGAACAAGGUGGAGAAUGUAGGGGGAGGUGCUAACAAGGUCAUUGCCUAG